CCGGCGCCGCUCCGCCGCCGCCCGGCUCCCCCGCGGGGAUGCUGCGGCUGGGCCGCGGGCUGAGGCGGCUCCUGUCGGCACGCGGGGCGCGAGCCUCCGCGGGGCUCCCCCUGGGCGCCGAGAUGCCCAAGAAGGCUGGUGCGACGAACAAGGGGAAGAGCCAGGAGCCAGAGAGACCACCUCCUUCCUUAGGCCCUGUGACGGUGGAUCCCAGAGGUAGUGUCACCAUAGCCAUCCGCGCCAAGCCAGGGUCCAAACAAAACGCUGUGACAGACGUGACAGCAGAAGCCGUGAGCGUGGCCAUCGCAGCUCCCCCAUCAGAAGGAGAGGCUAAUGCCGAGCUCUGUCGGUACCUUUCCAAGGUCCUGGAGCUCAGGAAGAGUGAUGUGGUUUUGGAUAAGGGUGGUAAAUCUCGUGAAAAAGUGGUGAAGCUAUUAGCAUCCACAACUGCUGAAGAGAUCUUGGAGAAAUUAAAGCAACAAGUCGAGAAGAAAUAAAAGCAAGUUAUGAGAAAUACAUUCUUGAGAAGCUUUUUAAAUUGCUAUUAGUGAAGAGGCUGUUAAGUAGGAAAAUAUAUUUCAGUGCAUGGAAGAAUAUGAAAAAAAAUUAAGAAUAGGACUCAAAAAAGAAGCAGGAAUUUUAAAAGUACUUCUGUUCAAUUCAGGUUCUAACAUCCCUGACCCCAGAGAGGUUGGAACAUUAGUCCAAUCUCAUCGCGCUACACAGGAACAGCUGGAAGGGAUCUUUAAGCCCCUUUCAUCCUGUGGUGGGGCUUCCAGAAGUUGAGAGACUUGUUCAGGAUCACAUCGUACAGGAUGGCAGCUAGAACCAAGACCCUUUGACUCCUGGCUGAAUGCAGUUUAUCCUGAUUGUAAAUGAAGAUUAUUUCCACAGCACUUCCAGUGUUCUGAGGAUUCCCUUCUCUAGAGUUUACAAGUGACAGAAGAAAACCCGUCACACUGUUUUGUGGUCUUACUUUAUAUUUUAAAAGGCUUAUCUAAAUACAAAAAUGCUUUUUUUGUCUUUUUAAAACUCUAUGGAGCAUUUUGUGAAAAAGUAAAUAGUAAUCAGGACUUAUAAUUUAAUGUUAAGUAUUUUGGGGAAGUCACUGAAUUUUCAUCCUCAUUGGAUUGUAACUUACAGUCUUCAAACUGGUAGUUCUUAUGAAUCUCCAAAGAUCCUUAAAAGAAGCAGGCCUGGAAGCUACUUUCAGUAUUUGUAAAGGCCUAUCAGAAAUCAUAUCUACAAAAAAAAAUUUUUUUAAAUCAUAUCUACAUUAAAGCUUCAGAAGCUAAUAAUAAAUACUUUGUUUUUAAAUAUCCAAUGCAAAUUAUAGUGACUUGGGCAGAUAAAUAAGUUCAUUAUCUUUGCUGAUCAGAAUCAAAGCUGAUGUGUGCUUUUGUCUAAGUAUGUGAGAAAAUGUACUGGUAGACAAAAUGUUUAAAAAUACAAAAUCUCAAAAAAAUAAAAAUACAAAAUCUCCAAGAAGGACCAAUAAUAAAAACUACUGAUGGUGAAA